AUGAUUGACGAAUAUGAUAUGAUCAACGAGAUGCUAUUACCAUUCUGGGCCAUCAAACCCGCAACAAUACGUUCAAGAAUCACCAGAGAGCUGGGUGGUGAAGACAGCGCUUUGAUCGGAGUUGCGAUUCGUGACGGUGCCGUGGUCUACAUCGAGAAAGGCGACGAGUGGCAACGACAAGCGACCACUGGGAUGUUGGAAAAGUUUGUCAAGUAUCUGCCAGAUAUGGACUUGGGCUUCAACGUUCACGAUGAACCACGGGUCGUAGUAGCAGACAGUGUCCUUGCAGCUAUGGUCAGUAAAGCACAAGAUGAGGUGUUACCACGCGUGGCGAGAUCCGACUCUCCACGAAAUACCUUCUCCGGCCGGCCAGAGGACAUGAACGAUGGUAAGCGGUUUGCGGAAACGUUUUCCCAUCAGCAGACAUGGACCCAUUCCCGCCUCUCUUGCCCCAUCGACAGUCCUGCGCAGGCUUACGAGGAUGGUGCACCCGACAACCUCACUGCCUUUGCAACAGGUCCACUUCAGUACAUCUACAAUACGACGGCCUUUUCUGACAUCUGCAUAUCACCUUCGCUCUCUUCUACGUUUGGCUUCUUCGAACGCCCCAACGCCUUCAACAUCAUUCACGAACUCACUCCUAUCUUCUCACAAUCCAAGAUAUCCAGCUUCCAGGACAUCCUCUACCCCAGCCCAUGGUACUGGAUUGGAAAAGUCAAGUAUGACGAGUCUACCGACACUACCUGGGAAAACAAAACCAACGCCCUCUACUGGCGCGGCUCCACCACCGGUGGCUUCUCUCGCAACGGCGGCUGGCGACGUCAACACCGCCAGCACGUAGUACAGCACAUCAACGCCCCUGACACUGCGCAAAUCGUCGUUCCAGAAAGCGAAAAUUCCAAGAAGCACACAGUCGUCAACAUCGACCGCCGCAGCCGCAAAUAUCUCAUCGACGUGCACUUCUCUCACAUCGGCCAAUGCGACCCAGGCGACUGCGACGCACAACAAGAAUUCUUCCACGUCACCGACCGCGCCGACGCCGGCGACGCCUGGUACUUCAAACACCUGCUCGACAUGGACGGCAACGCCUUCAGCGGCCGCUUCUACAGCUUCCUCAAGAGCCGCAGCCUCACGUACAAGAUGGCUGUGUUCCGUGAAUGGCACACCGAGUGGCUCAAGCCUUGGGUACACUACAUCCCGCUCAGCUUGCGCGGCGACGAGCAUCUCGAUCUUGUGAGGUGGUUUAGCGGCGAUGAGAAUAAGCAGGGCGGGAAUGAGGAACCGAGUAAGAGUGGGAACGGCGAGUCUGAGGGCGAGAGGAAGGCGAGGGAGAUUGCGCAGCGCAGCACGAUUUGGCAUGAUAAAGUGCUCCGGAACGUGGAUUUUGAAGCGUGGUUUUUCCGGCUGUUGCUGGAGUAUGGGCGUGUGGUGGACGAUGGGAGGGAGGAGAUUGGGUAUCCUGGGCCCUAG